AGUUUUACGAGAUUCGACGAGAAGCAGAAACAGUUAAAGAGCAACUAGCAGCCAUCAGAGCCACUGCCGACGUGCCACGUCAGCGCGCAGCCAUUGCUGACCUGGAGCGUGACGUGGCAAGGGAGGACCUGUGGGAGGAUCCAGCUCAGGCGCAACAGCUGAUGACGCAGCUCACAGAGCUCAAGGAUGGCGUGAGAGAAGUCGAGGAGUUUGCAGAUAAGGUGGAGGAGGUGUGUCUUAUAGUGGAGCUGCUAGAAACGGAGCAGACACCAGACGCGUCACUGGUGGAGGAGGCAAGGGAGGGGCUGCAGUGGGUGCGGGGGCACAUGGAGCGAUACGCUGUGGCUCAGCUGCUCUCAGGGCAGUUCGACCGCAAGGGCGCUCGGCUUACAAUUGCUGCGGGUGCAGGCGGGACUGAUGCCCAGGUAAGAUUGGGUGUGAUGGAAUGGAGUGCGGUGGGAUGUGGUGGGCGGGAUGAGGGGCACAUCAAGAUCUAUGCUGUGGCUCAGCUGCUGGCAGGACGGUUCGUCCGCAAGGGUGCACGGCUCACCAUUGCUGCGGGUGCUGGGGGGAUGGACGCACAGGACUGGGCGGACAUACUCCUGCGACUGGGCGGACAUGCUCCUGCGCUUGUACAUGCAGUGGACUGGGCGGACAUGCUCUUACGCAUGUACUCACGGUGGGUGGACAGGCGGGGCUUUAAGAAGCGAGUGGUGGAGCGGUCGGACGGGGAGGAAGCGGGGAUCAAGAGUGCCACGCUUGAAGUGGAGGGGCGGUAUGCCUACGGGUAUCUGAGUGGGGAGAAGGGCACUCACCGGCUUGUUAGGCAGUCACCAUUCAAUGCCAAGGGGCUCCGACAGACGAGCUUCGCGGGGGUGGAGGUGAUGCCUCUGCUAGAAGAGGAGGCAAUCAAGGUGGAGAUUCCCGAGGAUGACCUGGAAGUGUCUACUAUGAGGGCGGGCGGCAAGGGCGGGCAGAACGUGAACAAGGUGGAGACGGCCGUGCGCAUGGUGCACGUGCCCACGGGGAUCGCUGUCAAGUGCUCAGAGGAGCGGUCACAGGCGCAGAACAAGGCAAAGGCACUCGCAAUGCUCAAGGCGAAGCUGCUAAUUAUUCUGGAGGAGCAGAGAGCAGCGGAGAUAAGAGAAAUCCGAGGAGACGUUGUGAAAGCGGAGUGGGGGCAGCAGAUUCGGAACUAUGUGCUGCAUCCGUAUAAGCUGGUGAAGGAUUUGAGGACGGAGUAUGAGACGAGCGAUGUUGGAGAUGCCAGAGGUCCAUCUACGACUGUUGCCAAGGAUCCAGAGCUGGACCUUCUUUAUCAUGAGGAUUCAAUUCAGGAGUCCUCAAAAGAAUCACCUGUACAGACGAAGGCUGUACAGUCCAUGUCUCGCGACUCCGACGAGGAAGACGAAUGGGCUGAACUAGCCAUGACCGUCAAGCUGUGCCUUGCGACCGCUGCUCCCUCGGAGAAACUACUCGAAGAGCACGUGAAGCUGGUGAUGGAAUCACCGAAGUCCGGAAUUCAAAUUGCCACUAAUCCUGAAAGUGUUCUCUCACAAACCCCCACUAGCGUCUCUUCAACUGAUUCGCCUCCUGCUUAUUAUUCUCCGUCGUCGUCGCCUCCGCGUGACGCGACUGCUGCCAAUCGCAUGAAGGUCGCUGCUAGCCUUGCAGCCUCUCGCCGUCAUGACGUCAUGCUGUGUCAUGCUGCGUGGCCAACCACUCAUGAGGCUCCUUCUGGAGAAUACGACUUUUUGGAGAUUUCCAUGGCGUCGAGCGCAAGGGGAUCAGGAUCUGGAGGUUCUCCCACAUCUGUUCUGGACGGUUCUCCAUUCAAGCCUUCCAACUGGCACAGCAGGAAACCGGAGGGAUCACUGUGCUCUCUCAAUAAUCAGCCACGUCAUCAGGAGCAGAAGCAGCAAUACCAGCAGCAGUCUGCUGCACAGUGGCCGACGCCUUCCGCGCUGCUUCCCGCGCAGCCGUGCCUGCUGUUGCCAUCUCAGCGUGUGGUUGUGGAUGUGUCCUUCAGGCAGCAGUUUGAAGUGGCUCGCCCGACCCCUCGUUAUGCCGAACUUCUCUCUCAGCUUCCCUCCGUGUUUGUCGGCGGACGUCAGCGGCUCAAACCCCUUGUCACUGCCCUGGCUACCGCCAUGAACCUGUCACUCCAAAGCAGUGGAAUCGCGAUAGCUCCCUGGCGCCGAACUAAGUAUCUCUUAAGCAAGUGGUUCCCCACAACGGAUGCUGGAACUGCUAUCCCUGAGGCUCGCACCCAGAUCCUACCAGAGAUGGUGGCGGGAGACCUUCCUCCUACCCCUGUGACAGCCGCGCCUACGAACCUGCCACUCGCAACGACUGCUGAAUUGGUUGCUGCUGCGGCCAUGAAAGCUGCCGACGCCUUACCUGGCUUUUUAGCAAUGCCUGUAGCUGCUGGUGUGGCGAACGACACAUGCCAGAAUGGCGAGAAGGGUCUUGGCAAAGCUGGAAGCAACAAGGUUCAUCGGGUAGUGACUGACAGCCUGGCAGAGAUGUCUCAGCUGCAGUUGCUGGCAAGCAAGGAGGUACUCAAGUGCUGCCAUAACCACAAUCUGGCACACCAGAAGAAUACCAAUGUCCCUUCAGCUGCUGCUGGUGCCACUGGUGCUGCUGGUGUGGUAGGGUUUGCUGUUGAUGACUGGAAGCCUCCCGCAGUGGCUACCAAGCGUCGAUCUGCUUGCAGGGAGGGCUGUCUGUCCCUCUGCAUGCGCCUUCAGGAGGGGGAGGAGGGGGAGAUGUAUUGA